CAUAUUUUUGCCUUACACACUUUGUAUAAAUACGAUGCAGUUCAGUGCAUUAGACAUCAGUCUUCUUCAACCAACGAAACUGUCCACAGCCUGACAAUUACUGGUGCGAAGACACUUUAACAAUGAAGACUAUUUUUAUCUUGACAAUUCUGGGGAUUGCUUUUGCAACCACAGUACUUGGGGAAGAGGCACUUGAAUCAUCCUACCUGCGGGUACCUCGUGAAGCCAAACCGGAACCUGAACCUGGGACCAAGCCAUUAUAUAUUCCUCGACCUCCUCCUCAACCACAUCCGCGUCUGAGACGUGAAGCCGAUCCGGAACCUGAACCUGCUAGCAGACCAGUAUAUGUUCCUCCACCUCGUCCACCACAUCCGCGUCUGAGGCGUGAAGCUGAUCCGGAACCUGAACCUGCUAGCAGACCAGUAUAUGUUCCUCCACCUCGUCCACCACACCCGCGUCUGAGGCGUGAAGCCGAUCCGGAACCUGAACCUGCUAGCAGACCAGUAUAUGUUCCUCCACCUCGUCCACCACAUCCGCGUCUGAGGCGUGAAGCCGAUCCGGAACCUGAACCUGCUAGCAGACCAGUAUAUGUUCCUCCACCUCGUCCACCACACCCGCGUCUGAGGCGUGAAGCUGAUCCGGAACCUGAACCUGCUAGCAGACCAGUAUAUGUUCCUCCACCUCGUCCACCACAUCCGCGUCUGAGGCGUGAAGCUGAUCCGGAACCUGAACCUGCUAGCAGACCAGUAUAUGUUCCUCCACCUCGUCCACCACACCCGCGUCUGAGGCGUGAAGCCGAUCCGGAACCUGAACCUGCUAGCAGACCAGUAUAUGUUCCUCCACCUCGUCCACCACAUCCGCGUCUGAGGCGUGAAGCCGAUCCGGAACCUGAACCUGCUAGCAGACCAGUAUAUGUUCCUCCACCUCGCCCACCACAUCCGCGUCUGAGGCGUGAAGCCGAUCCGGAACCUGAACCUGCUAGCAGACCAGUAUAUGUUCCUCCACCUCGCCCACCACAUCCGCGUCUGAGGCGUGAAGCCGAUCCGGAACCUGAACCUGCUAGCAGACCAGUAUAUGUUCCUCCACCUCGUCCACCACAUCCGCGUCUGAGGCGUGAAGCCGAUCCGGAACCUGAACCUGCUAGCAGACCAGUAUAUGUUCCUCCACCUCGUCCACCACAUCCGCGCCUUCGUUAAGGAGGAUCCAAACCUAGCUAAAGCAUACUUAAAGGACACCUAUAUGAAAUUGUAACUUAAUUUGAUAAAAAUACUCUUAAAAUGUAAAUGCUAUCCUGAUACUCACUUAAAUAUUUGUUCUCAUCUAAUUUCCGAAUAAAAUUGAUAUUAUCAUUAAA